CUUUAAAGUCCCAAUGUAUUGCUGGUGAAGGAGUGUCGAUACUUUUCUCUUGCAAAUCGAGAAAAUCUCAAUUGUUCCCUGUUGUUUGCCAAGUCUCCUUUCUCGGGGACUUGACUCAGCUGCUCACAAUGCCACUGAACGAUGAACGUCCCACCUCCACGUCUACAGUGUCCAGCGAGGAUCAGAUCAGUGACACCGAGUCAUCGGAAAGGUGUGACAGUUUGACCUUGUCCAGUGAUGUGGACUUUUCUCGCCAGAGCUUCACCAGUGACUCUUCCAGCAAACACAACUCUCCUUCCUGCAGCCCACCUAAAACCCUCACGCUUGAUGAGGUUAUGGCUUCAGCCCGGGACCUGUCCAAUCUGAGUCUGGCUCAUGAGAUUGUAGUCAACCGCAACUUCCAACUCGAGCCACCAGAACUACCUCAGAAUAGCUUGGAGAAAAGAGUGAAAGAUAUGGUGCACAAGGCCUUCUGGGAUUGUCUUGAAUCAGAGCUGAAUGACGACCCCCCUAAGUACGAUUAUGCCAUCAAACUUCUGGAAGAGAUCAGAGAUAUCCUGAUUUCCUUCCUGAACCCUGGGGCAAACCGCCUCCGUACUCAGAUCAUGGAGGUGUUGGACAUGGACCUGAUACGGCAGCAGGCUGAUAACAAUGUGGUUGAUAUCCAGGGCCUUGCUUCUUACAUCAUCAAUACUAUGGGCAAGUUCUGCGCGCCUGUCCGUGACGAUGAAAUCAAGAAACUCAAGGAGAACUCGGGCGACAUUGUGAAUGUGUUCAAGGAGAUCUUCAGAGUUCUGGACCUGAUGAAAAUGGACAUGGUGAAUUUUACUAUCCAGAACCUCAGGCCAGAGCUGCAGAGGCAGUCAGUAGAGUAUGAGCGAGCCAAAUUCCAAAGCAUUCUGGAAAAAACUCCUAAUGCUCUGAAUCACACAACUGAGUGGAUCAAAGGAUCAAUAGAGGAGGCCAUCCGUAUCAUGCCCCCAGCAAAGGGCAGCGAUUCUGGGCAGAGCGGCAAAUCCUUACCAGGGCCCAUGCUGCUUCUAAAUGUUGCCUACCUUAGACUGCUCACCUGGGACAAGAGCAAUGGCCCUCUACCUGAGACUUUGAUGACUGAUGAAGUGAGGUUGCAAGAGUUGCAGAGGUCUCUUCAGCUGUACCAAGCUGUGGCAUCUGUUCUGCUUAUAGUCUACAGCUCAAUUGGAGAAGCCGUGUCAGGCCUGCCUGCUCUUGUUGAGCGACUUAAGAAGAUGACAGCAGUAUUGCUCGAGGGCAUGCAUAGUGUAGAUUUCAACCUGACUGAAGCUCUUGGUAAUGUCCGUGAUCAGAUCUGCUGUGAGGUCAACAAAUCUCUGACCGAAAGAAAUUUCCCAGCUCUCCCUGUCGAACUGCAAGCAACUUUGAAAGGCCAGAUCUGUGACAUCUCCCAGCAGAACAACCCAAUACGUACUCUUGUUGAAACAAGGACACAGAUGUACUUCAAAGUGGUCCUCUCUUCUGCCAACUCAAACAAUACCCCACCUCCCGUACCGCCAGGGUUGGGCCUGAUUCAGCCAGAGCUCAUGGCAAUGGGGCUCAGUUUUGUCAACCUUGUCAACUACAACAAACAGGUUUACAGUCCUUUCUACUUUAGCAUCCUGAAGAAUAUUACUGUUAACUGAUUCAACAGGGGCAACUCAACAAAAUGGAAACAAACAGGGUCCACCAACCAGCCCACUAGAGUCCAAAUAGAGGAAGUUUUGCUCACUGCCUCCAGCUUUGAGGAGGUGCCAUUGACAUAGACAUUUCACUUGAGUGUUAAGUAACUAAAGAUAAGGAAUCAUCUGUAACGUCUCAAAUGACCAGUGGAGUUCAGUGGGAUUUCUGCAGUAUGAAAAAGACAGAAGAACAACUUUGUGCUAUGGUGCUUAAAGUUGAGAAAUUAUAAGAUAUGGGAAGUGUUCGUUGUUGUUCAUUAUGUUAUAAAGAAACUAUGUUCUUAUAGUCCAAGUUAUAUUUUUAGCAUCUCCAUAAAUGUGGUUUUCACUUGAUAGUGUUGCUGCAAUGGAAAUGUAUUAAUUUACAUACAGUAUAAUAAAAUAAUGUUAUUUAACAAAUAUUGUUUUGUUCAAGGCUAAUCAUUUUCUUUUCAUACAGAUUUUUAAAAUAAUAGACAAACUAGGCAAAUAUAUUUAAAUAGAUCCUUUAAAGACAUUUGAGGAUAUGUAUUUGCUUGGUCUACUUAGAGAUACCAGUGUGUGUUAUCCCACGCUGAUUUCCUAAUGUUAUCAGAGCGAAUGAAAAUACAUUGGUAACAAAGUGAAAUUAUACUUUGUUUGAAAGUAUUGUUACAUUAGUUUGAUGUAUAUAUAUAUAUACUUGGAAACUUGAAAAAAUGUUGGCUGAAUUUCUAAUUCUGCAUGAUUUUAAAUGGAAGUGACCAGAACUCUGGAUUUUUAUUAUAUAUCAAAUUCAAUUUGAUUGUGGUCAUGGUAGUGUCUUUUUUAGGUUUACAACUGCAUGAUCAUUUGUUUUCCUUUUUUUUUUUUUUUUUUAUCAAUUAGAAAGCAAACUUAGGGUUACUUUUGUAUGAUGUAUGUUAUUGUGCUUUGGUUAAAGGCAUGUUUGUUUUAUUACAGUUGAAAUUUAAGUGUUCAUAUGUGUUUGUGUUCUUGCUUAGAAUUCUGAUUCUGUUUUACAUUUAGGUCACGCCAAACAACAUUAUAAAGACUAUUGAUUUUUUUUUCUCCAUUCUGAUAAGUAUGACAUCUUUGUAAAGGAAGCCAUGCAUUUCUUUUUUACAUAUAUCUUUUUUUUUUUAUGUUUUUUUCACCCUUACAGACCUUCAGUAUAUGUAUUGUUUGUUUUCUGAAUAUUUGUAAGAACAACAAAAAUAUAAUAUGUGUGACA